UGGCUGCACUGCGCAUGCGCAUUAAAAAUACGCAUCUGUCCAAUAGGUGGCGGUAAUAUGCGCAUGUCUGUAAGCUUGUAAAACAAAGAAGAAGAAAGUUCACCCAAGUAAGAAAAAAAGUAGGAAAACAGCUCGCGCGCAGUCCACGUUUUUUCUGUUACGAAACACAUGCCAAGAACGAAGGACCAACACGAGUGAACGGAUCAGGAAGAGUCUCUCCAGAAGACGGACUCCAUUCAUCUGCGGAGUUUAAAACUGAGUAACCCUGUUUUUUUUUUGUACCACAAGUCCAGGUCCAGGACCCUAAAUGAGCUGUUGGAAAGCUUUUUAAAGCUCACCAGUCUUUGUUGACUGACCUGUGAACUUGACAAAACCAUCACCAAAUGCUUUGGCCAUCAAUCUCCUGGACCUUCUGAACGUUACUGACCCCAUGUCUGAUUCCCACGCAUCUGAGGGGAAACAUGCCUCCCAGGGCCAAAAUGAACUUGUUAGUGGACAAAGGGCAACUGAUCCCAGGGGGACAGUACCUCUUCUUGGACCUGAAUCUGGCUUAAACAUUCCAGGAACUUCUUCUUGUGCCAGAGAUGAGUUAAAACAUCAACAUGUCAGCCAGAAUACGUUCAGCAAUCAAAUGCAGGUCUUACCUCCCCCAGCCACACAGCCCAGUGUUGAUGAUUUCCUAUUAACAAUCCUAUUGAAACAUGGACUGGAUCAAGAUGACUUGGAAGAGCUUGUAAAAGGCCCCUAUGAUCAGAUCACUCUCGAGAAUCUGCCCCAUACCUUGAACAAACUUCGCUUGAAAAAGGCUGCGAGAGCUGCAGCUGCAGCUCAGUCAAACUCCAGCUCUACUGCUCAACCCACUGUGAGCGUUGCAAUGCCAAAAACCUGUGUUCAGCCAAGUAAAGUGACUGCCUAUGGACUUUCUGGAAAACCUGAAGAUAGGAUUGCCGGGUCCGUUUGCUGCACAGCUAAAACUGGUGAAAACGUUUUGCUGUCAGGCAGUGAAGAGGCACCAGAGUCAGGCAGCAGUCGUUUGGUUCCCUCAAAUGACCAGUUGGGCCCCAUUGACCAUCUCACCCCAAUGGGGAACUUUGUGGCUCCUCCGAACAGCGAUGUAGCUGGACUCCAGGGCACACUAAACCACACUUCACAGACCAUUUUUACCACUUUGUCUUUGCCAAAUGAAGCUCAAGACACGACUGUGCCGAACCUUGACGAUGUCAUAUUUGUUUCUUCAAAAGAAUCAUUUCCAGGUUCUAUAGAAGACGUCAUAUAUGUUUCUUCAGAAGAAUCGUCUCCAGAUUCUGUUCCGUCAGAGGAGCCAGUUUGUCAUUUUGCUGCUAAAACCCUGCCAACCAGCAGUCUUGACCAUAAUGUAAAUUCUGCUCAAUCUGUUGUACAUGUGGAAAGUAAAGAUGCUAAAAAUCAAAGGGAACCUCAAAGCUCAAAGGUUGUAGAGACGACAGUAAUUCAUCAGACGCAGACGUUGACAGAGAACCCAUUGAUGUUACAAACGUGGCAAGCUUUUAUUUCUAAUUCAAAGCCACUUCCAUCUUCUUUUGUCUCUACUAUCACCUAUGCCUCGCAUCCCAUCCAGUCUUCUGCACCUUUUGUCAAUUAUCCCAAAUCCUGCAUUAUUAGUCCAUCUCAGCCAGCUCUGGGUCAGGCAAAUGCCACCCGUGUGCCUUCUUCUAAACGGUGUUCUGCAGCAAAAAAUCCAGUCUCCAAGGGACUUCCAUCACGGGAUAUGAUGAUUGAUUAUGCUGCGGCCUCACCAAAAAUAUUUCCACACACCUGUUCUUUAUGUAAGAAGAAAUGUGCUCAACUGAAGGAUUGGCUCUUCCACCAGAACACAAACCUGCACCUUGAAAACUGCAUAAGGCUCCGGGAGAAAUACCCAAACUGGGAUGGAAAACUGCCGGUGUUGCAGCAAAAUCCUGCAGUAAGAAGUGCUAAGGCCUUGCCCUCAUCUUAUGCCCAGUCUACCAAACGUCAUCUUCAAAGAACCAGUCUUUCUGGCUCUUACAGCCCCCGGCCACGCAGGUCAAGCAAUAAAAGGGACAAAUGCAGCAGCAGCAGCAGCAGCAGCAGCAGCAGCAGCAGUGGCAGCGGCUCACGUUCCCGGUCAUACAGCCCCCGUCAAAGCAACUCAAGAAAAAGACGGCUAAAAUCCAGAAGUCGUUCUCGUUCAUACAGUCCUCACCAACGCAGAAGGAACAAAUCCAACAGUAGGUCCCGUUCCCUCUCGCACAGCCCCAGACGCAGUCGCAGGUCCCGGCCUCGAUCCUACUCUCCACGGCAUGGCCGCUCCACUUUUUCCAGUUAUCAGUCACGUUCAGAUAGCAGGGAGAGAUGUGCUUCACCAAAGAGAAAAUUUAAGAGAAUUCUUUCGCCGAGGAGGAGCACAGAGCGAAAACCGUCACAAAACAGAAGCAACGAGCCAAGGAGUGCCGAAGGACCGUUGUCACGAGGAAGGAACUUCGACCGACGAUCGUCUCCAAAAAGUGACCGGAAACCACUAUCGCCAAGAAGGCGUGGCCAACAUUUUUCACCGACAAGGAGCCGAGAGCGACGGUCGUCACCAAGAGGUGACGAAAGAUCACGGUCACCAACAAGGAGCUCCGAGCGGCAGUCCUCGUCAUGUAGUACGAGCCGCAUGAAACGACCGCCAUCAAUGAGUAGCAGCGAGCGACAGUUGUUUCCAAAAAAAGACAAAGGAAGACGAUCCCUGAUAAAGUCGGUAACAAGAAGCCUAAAGAUACAAAAAGAACCCUCCACUCGGAGAAAGAUUGACAAGCUGACAAAGCAAUGCCUGGAAAAUCCAGCUGUCCGAUCUGUGGCAAACCAUUACACCAUCAAGGAGGCAAUUGCACUGGUGGUUCCUGUUCUAAUGGAUGAGCUAGCCAAGGAUGGGGCAUCCUCACCUUCCUCUUCAUCGGGAGUCCUCACGUCAAAAUCAUGUAGCUCAUCUUCCUCCUCCAGAGUGGAAAAGGGAAAGUCUAAACUCCAGAAGAACAAGGGUAUCUCUUCCUCAAAACCAAAGUUUGAUAAACCUUCUCCUCCAACCAUGCUGAAGCUUAAAGGGAAGUUUGAUUCUCUCUGUCAUAAUGAUGUGGUUUCCGCUGUGGAGGUUUUUGGAAAAACCAAAUCAGUUCUGCUGAUGAAGCCCAAACAGGAGGCGACCGUGUGUUUCGAGAACAAGGAAGAUGCAGAAAAACUGAGAAAAAUAAAGAGCCUUAGAUUGAAAGAUGUGGUUCUCACUGUUUCAGAAAUGGGUGGCGUGUUUGAAAAGGCCCCUCCUUCUACAGAGGAUCAGAAACAGUCAUUUCAACAAAAAUCUGCAGUGACGAAUAAAUCAGGUUCUUCUAAGGAAUUGGUUCUACUUCCAUUUGAAACACUUAUAUCUUUACCAGCAAAAUACAAAAAGAGUCCAGCAUCCAAACCUACGAAAAAAGCAAAUGUUGCAACUUCCAAAGGGAAAGAUGUCACCAAGCAGACAAAAGGCAUAGCGUCUGUAAAACGAGCUGUGAAACGUGUUGAAGGAGAAAAAGCUUCGAAGCCCGUAGGAUCCAAGAAGCUCAGAAGUCUUGUAAAAAAUCCUGGUUCUGGUAGCGUGAAACCGGCAACUAAAAUCGCCAAAAAGAGGGAUGAAGAUUCUGCUGUUCGGCUGAAAAAAACAACAAAUGUUGAAAAGGUCUUCAGUGUGUUCGGUUCCAAACAAGUUAAAGGCACCAGAACUGUCAUCAGGGCAAAGAGCCGUGCUUUGAAAACACUCAAAGGCUUCAGAACCAAAGAGUUAACAGAGAAGACCACCAUGGUCUCGUCAGAAUCUACAGCAUUAACUCAGGCGGAAGGUUCUGGGAUUUUCAAACUGAAAAACUUGGAUUCAAGAGUUCAAGUUGAGCCUGAAGAUCUGGCAAAACAGACUCGAGUUGUCACAAAAUCAGAAAAAAUCCUACAAAUAGAACUAACAGCUGAUUCUGAGACGAUAGAAGAUAAAGAUAAAACAGUGGAGCUGGAGAAAACGGGAGUGACUGAGCCAGAGAAAGCUAAAGGUUCUGCUGAGGACGUAGUAAAAAACCUGACAGCUGAAAAGAUUCUGCCAGUUUUAACGCCAACCAGUGAAGAUGCGACUGAAUCAAACAGAUCUUUGAUUCAACCACCCCAGACGCAACAGACGACUCCAGAAACUUCACUCGAAGACGCGCCACAGGUCCAGCCUAAUCUAGACUCCACUGCAAAGAAACCGAACGCCGACACAAAAACUGGACAAGAUUUGACUGCAGAAAGUUCUCCCAAAGCUGCUUUUGAGGAGGUGCUGACAACUGGAAAUGUAGAAACAAAAACAAAUCAAGAAGAGACCAGUCUCGUUUUAGAGCCCGUCUGCAGUUAUUCAGCAGCUGCAGCUCCUACAACAAAACCAGGCUCCACCGCGGCAUCCACGGCCAAAAGGAUGUUUUCCGGUACCACUUUUGCUAAUACCACUGUUGGGGAGAGAAUACAGUGGUAUUGUGAGCCACAGAAAUUCAAUUGUGUGAUGGCAGAAAGUAUCUUGUCAGAUGGAAGGUGGGGUUUGAACCCAGGAUUUCCUCAUUUGGAG